AUGAUUCUUUUUCUUCUCUUGGCUUGUGCAGAAUCAAAUCUUCGCCAGAACUUGGAUCUUUUCUUUUCGCAUGUUGACAACGGCCAGCUCAGAACUGCCCGGCAAGUGAUCUCCAACUUGUUUGACAAUGACAGCUCGAAUGGGCUGGUUAGGAAAAAGUACGCCAGUUUUUUGAUGGAACUUGGAGACUACGACAAGAUAUUGUCGCUUUUCAGGGAUGACGAGAGCCUAGUCGGCGAAGCUACAAAAAUGAAGAAAAUGUCCAAAAAUUUGAAAGAAAAUGUGCACAAAAUCUAUUUAAAGAGCCCGUUCUCUAAACCAGUAAUGGUGGAGAUGAUCAGGCAAAAGAUGUUAACGAACAUGGGAGAGUGUUAUACGCUCCUUUCGAAGGCAAAGAUGCUUUUCAAGGACGAUAACCAAAUCACGUAUCUACGUGCACUUUAUCAUGCCUUCAGAUCGGAGAACAAAGUCGCACACAACCUGCUUCUGAGUUCGGGAAGCAACAGAGCUGGACUGUUUAAAAAAAUGUGUGACAUAUUCCGAGGUUUAGAAGAAGAGAGCUUUAGUUACACCAAAACAAAAGAUUUUGUGGAAAAAGUGCACAGUCUACAAAUGAAAGACCAGCAUCCAUCUAUAUUUUAUGUGUUGCUGAUCAACUCUCUGAUGUUUUUUGUGAAGAAUGGUGCUGAGGAGAAUAAAAAGGUUACAGAGUACGCUGAGCUGCUCUGCAGGCUUGAGCCGAAGGAUGAUUCGUACGUUCUUCUUGUUAAAGCGCUGCUGGCGGAAGGAGAGCUAAGUCAGGCGCGUGAACAAGUGGGAAAAGUGAAGAACGAAUCGUUGCGCGAAAGGACGCUGCGCACCAUCGAUGUGAUGGAGAAGAAGAAAAAGGAAGAGGAAAAAAAGGAGGAGGAAAGGCUGAAGAAUGAAGAGGAACGGAAGAGAAAGAGUAGGGAACAGCGCAGAAGAAACGAAGAACAGCGCAGAAGGAGCGAAGAACAACGAAGGAGGGACCAGAAGCGAAAAGAGCAACGGUAUGCCGACCAGUACCAACAGUACAGCAGCUCAAAUCAGGACAGCAAAGGAUAUUAUAAGUUGCUGGGUGUUGAGCCGACCGCAACACCGAAGGAUAUAAAAUCGAAGUACAACCGGCUGGUGCUUAAAUAUGAUGUUGAUAGGCAAAAGGUGAAGCUUACAGAGUCAGAGAAGGAAAUGCUGACGAAGAAACUUGCAGAAAUAAAUCAGGCACGAGAUGUUCUUCUGAAUCCUAAGAAGCGGAAGUUGUACGAUAGCGGCAUGUUAGAUCAGCAGGGAUACGGCCGGGGACAUGGAGCGGCCAACAACGAACAAGUCAAGCAAAUGCUCGAGGCCUUCUUCGGCAGAGGGGGUGGACAGUCGUUUUACUUCGAUAUGGGUGGCAAUCAAGGUGGCUAUAGAAGGUCGCAGACUUUUUAUUUUGUUUAAAUAAACUUUAAGAUUAAACGUGAGA